UGUGUGUAAUGGGAAAGAGAGAAAUAAUGGUGAGGGCAACACAGUCCUAGUAGUUUUAAACAACUGUAAAAGGAAAUGCUGUUUCAAAGGGAGUGGAAUGGAACUUGUGUCCCCUUGACAACUCUAAAGAGGUCCAAAUUUAGCUAUCAUACUGUAAAAAAGAGAUCUUUGUUUAUGAUGCAUAAGAAACUUUCUAUGGUUAGGUGUCGGUAUAGAAUUCUAAAAACCCCCAAACUUAGAGCAAGAGGCAGAACCUGCAAGUCAAGAAAAAUCAAGCCAAGGCAGGUGGAGAAAGUUACAAGGGACCAUCAAGAGACUCUCCAGCGGGAUUUGGAAGGUGGAUUGUGUAACUGGCCUUCCUACUGGAAAUUUAAAAGUGACUGUCUUUGGAAGCAGUACAGCCCAUCAGAUAUGGACGGUAACAAACCUAAAUCUUUAGCCAAGGAGAAUGAAAUAUGUGCGACUGAGAUCUGCCGUACGCAGGAUCUGUUACCGCGUGAGGAGCUGUGUUCCCAGGAGCCAGAAUCUGGAGGGCAGGACAGCAGCGCUGAUGCUGUCCGACCAGAACUGCACGAUAGAGCUUCUCUGGAGGCAGAGACCUUGCACGAGGUGGAGACAGAUGAGGCUCUGGCAGAGGAUCUUUGCUCCGACCUUUUCAUCUCUGUGACAGAAAAAGAAAUCGCUCUUUCGAGUCAAGAUGAUGCAGAAUGUAAUCAGGUUAUGAGUGUAGAUGAAAUGAUACUGUUACAAUCCUCCUUGCAGGAUUCUCAUGUGAAUGAUGAUUUUGCAAAUGGACCUUUAUCCAUGGAACUGUCAGAAAGUGAGGACAGCUCUAGCCAAAUGGAAGUAGAGGGCUCUUUAAACCUGGAUAUAUUUGGCGCAAAGUUACUAGAUCACCCUUACUGUAAAAGUCCUCUUGAAGAGCCUUCGUCAGAAAGCACAGAGCUAAAAUCAGGAACUCAGGAGGGAGGCAAAAGGAACAGUCAGAAAUCUUCCCGGGUGGCUGAUGAGCAGCUGACAACGUGGCUUUGUGGAUUCCUAGACGAAGUUAUGAAGAAAUAUGGCAGUUUAGUUCCACUCUGUGAAAAAGAUGUCUUGGGAAGAUUAAAAGAAGUCUUCAAUGAAGAUUUCUCCCAUAGAAAACCUUUUAUCACCAGGGAAAUCAUGAAGUAUCGGGAAAAACAUCCAAAAUCCUCCACUUGCAAUUUCCGGGUCUUCUAUAAUAAGCACAUGCUAGAUAUGGAUGAUUUAGCCACACUGGAAGGCCAGAACUGGCUGAAUGACCAGAUAAUUAACAUGUAUGGUGAACUCAUAAUGGAUGCAGUCCCUGAAAAGGUUCAUUUCUUUAACAGCUUUUUUCAUAGACAGCUCGUAACCAAAGGAUAUAAUGGGGUAAAACGAUGGACUAAAAAGGUGGACUUUUUCAAAAAGGCUCUCUUGUUGAUUCCUAUUCACCUGGAAGUCCACUGGUCCCUCAUUACUGUGAACAUCCCCAACCGAAUUAUUUCAUUUUAUGAUUCCCAAGGCAUUCAUUUUAAGUUUUGUGUAGAGAACAUUAGAAAGUAUCUGCUGACUGAAGCAAAAGAGAAGAAUCGCCCUGAGUUUCUUCAGGGUUGGCAGACUGCUGUGACAAAGUGCAUUCCACAACAGAAAAAUGACAGUGACUGUGGGGUUUUUGUGCUCCAGCCUUUUCCUUUCCCUCAGUACUGCAAGUGCCUCGCCUUAGACCAGCCUUUUCAGUUCUCCCAGGAAGAUAUGCCCCGGGUGAGAAAAAGGAUUUACAAGGAGCUGUGUGAACGCCAGCUAAUAGACUAAUGAAAUACAGCCCACCAGUUUCUCUAGUAUUCCUGACAAGCUGCAGCUGGGGUUGGUGUACUUGAAUUUCUGGAAACUUCUGUGAGUUUUGAGCGACGCUCAGCUGAGUGGUGUGGCCACUGUUGUUACCUCAACUUCUUUUCUGACAAGCUCUUUACCUGGCAGAACGUAACAGAACUGCCACAAAAAUAUUUCUAACGUCUGUUUUGUUCUCUUAUGUUCUUUCCUGUAUUUAAUAUUUAUUAUCUAAGCAUGCGUAUAGGCAAAGCAUGCAACUAAAACAUAAAGCUGUAGAUUUGGUGCACCUUUGAAACGUAGCUAGAAAUGACAAAUACAGGUGAAUUUGUCUGGAAACAUAAAGAUGCAUGAUCUGUUUUCUGAUGCAAUAACGCUUUGAAUGUAUCAAACUCGAUGCCAUAAAAAGAACAGCUAGAAGCUAUUUGAUUAUUCCAUUUUUUCCCCCCAUUGUGGCUGUAUAAUACUGAAUUGUCACUCUUUUAGGGUGGUAAACUCAUCUACAGAUUUGAUUUGUGGAGUCCCCUUUUUUAAAUAGUUCAAGUUGCUAAUAAAAAAAUUGUUCUGUUUACAUUUAUCCAGCUGUCACUAUCAGCCUGUCUCUAUCUAGAUGAAAAGCAGCCUUUGCACAAAUAAAGCUUCAGCACUUGUCUGUAUAAUAAAAAGUACAGAGAUGCUCGGCCAGUCUGAUAAUAUAUUCCCGUGUGCUGCAGAAGGUUCCGUGACAUGUGUAUUAAGGGCAUUACAAAGCUGCUCCUGAAGUGUCAGUUCAGAUGCCAAGAUGAAACUGUUUAAAUCUCAGAUGGUUUUGAAUCAUUUUCAAUUCCACGCCAUUAAUCAAAAUGUUCCAUUUCAGCAUCUUUCAGUUCUGUCUUCAAAUCAAUUCUCUUACAGCUUGUUGUCUUUACCAUUGGCUUUUGCCUUUGGUCAAAUAUAAAUUGAUUCAUUUCUGCUGCGUCUGCCGUGUGAUUGUCUGCAGCAUCUCUGGUUUGUUUCUGUUCAGUCACAGGGAUGGCUCUUGGGGCACAACAGCACUUGUGGCGGGUGCUGUGCAAACUCACCAAACCAACAUCAUUCCACUGCACAGGUAAAGGAGGACAGUGGAUCUUGGUGCUGAUUUGUGGCUCUCCUGGGUAAGCUGUGCUCUCCUUGUACCUGAAGAGAGCUCGUUUUGUUUGAAGGGACCGUUGUAUAGGAUGGCUACACCAACAAAUGGCCUUAACCUUAUUUCUCUGCCAGUUAAGGGGCUGAGCCCAGGGGAAGGUUAUUUUUCAGUGCUAAAUAUCAUUCAUUGCAUUGGUCCAUCUAAUGUCUGGCCAUAGGCUUGACUUCUGGUGGAGGAAGCUCCCUUUUCUUCCCUCUGUCUUGUGAAUGGAUUCAGGCUUGCGCAAAGCUAGCUGCAAAUCCCUCUUGGCCUGCUGGAGGGAGCAAGGAGAAAGGAGGGGGUGCCAAGUGCAGCCAGGCUAGGAAGGAAAGCAGGUGCACAAGGAGUUGUGCUGGAGAAGGGAAAAUUUAAGCUUGGGACAUGGUCUCUGAAGCACUAGGCUUAAGCAUUUGAGUCAGUACUGUCUUUUUCUUAUCCCCUUCUGCAAAGUGAACAGGUCCAAGAUUCAAACUGAGCCAGCCAAAGCACUGCUCAUAUCUUAGUCCUGGCUCCGGUCUAGCUUGUCACUGUUUGUACCAGCACAAAUGAAGAGGGAGAAUGGGGUGGCCAGGAUGAUACAUGAAAAUCGUGCCAAGUUUGGAUGUGUGAGUGAAGUUGUGUCCUCAAGCAAGGCUUGCUGUAGAGAAGGAAUGAAAUGUAGAAGGAAAGCUGCAUAACCAUGGGUUUGUUAUUUCCUAGAAUUAGGGAGUUUGGUAAGGAAGCACGGAUGACUGCAAGCCUGGAGCCUCUCAGUGCCUCCAAGGAAGCCCAUUAUCUUUCAUAGAAGGGGGGCAUUGCUCUGGGCAUUUAUUCUUUGCAGGGGUGUGUUGGAGCAUUGAACCACAGACAGUCCUUUCCUGAAACUUGCUGCCUUUGUGGUAGGGAUCUGAAUUUCCUCCUUCAUGUGGGAAGCUGGGAGGAGUCUUAAAUCUUGAUGCUAUACCAGUAACAUCAGCAAAAAGGACAGUUUUUUUGUGAACUUCUUUAACAGUGUAGAUUUAACAAUGUAGAUGCUUUGAAAUUACUUCAUAUGUGUAUCAGAUCACUUGAGGGGAGGGCACCUUGCAUUUAAAUCUGCUGCACUCUGUGGGUUGGGGAACAGCAUGGAGAAGGAGGCAUGUUAAAAAGCAUUCCCUGUUUGCUUGCUUGUCAGCUAGGAGGUCGCUAAUAGGUGUUCCACUUGAUUAUGGGGCAGUGGAGAGAAGUUGCACUCGAGUAUCCAGCUGUGAACACACCAGUGAGUGGCCUCUGGGGAGGGAAAAGAAAGGGGGAAAUCGAAAACAGAGCUAAUGUAGGUGACGCUUGUUGGUGCAGCGCUGCGCUUAAUCAGAGGCAGUGCGGAUCUUCCCCCCAGUAAUGAUGUAUCCUAUGAAACUGGACUAAUUAACUCAUCCUUGAGAAUGUCUUUGAUGCCUUAAAGGAGAUGGACUCCAUAAUGUGUAGUCAUUUGACUAUUU